CAGGUUCUAUAUGCAGCAUGCCCGAGUCCGUCUCCAAAUCUUGUCUGCUUCUCUCUCUCAUCUAUUUCUCUUGGAAACAUGUUUACCGUGUUUCCCAUUUCUGUUUCCUCUUAAUAUUGGCUCUCAAGCAAGAGAUCAGGUGAAAUCUGACAGUCUUGCUCCGUGCAAAAAUUCUUGUCCCAGCAUUGUAAGCUUCCUGGAACAGCUUUGUCUUCCUCUCGAGAUGAGGGCAAACGACUCCUCCCACGGCUUGAGCAGCCCCUGCUCAACAAAUGAGAUAGGAUCUGCCAAUGGGUCUCCAGACACUAAGCUCACAGCAUAUUCCCCUGAAGUCCUACGAUCCAAGGGCCGUCCGGAAUCCCAUGUCGGCGACCAACUAAUUAACACUGGUAUCCAAAAACUUUAUUCGACGUCAUCAUCCGAUCCAUUUCUGGUGUCAGCGAGCACGUCUAGUCGUGUUCAACUCUCACCAACAGCUGCAGCUUUCACACCCAUUGGAAACAAAUCAUUGUCUCUGUCUCGAGGACUUGUAGGUGGUAACUACCUAGCUACAAACACGGACUUUGAACAAAGCGAAACAAGACCCGUGUCUCUAGAGAUUCAAAAGAGAGGUCCGCCAGCUUAUGGGAUUAUAGGCAACACCCAAGUCAAUAGAAACAAUCGACCAUUUGGUACAGCUCACGGAGAUUUUGACACCGAGAGACGUAGUCGCGCGCUCGUUAUUGAGAAUGUGCCGAAGAACCUCACAUACAUGUCCCUAGCUGGGUUUUUUAACCGUCGUGAAUUUGGCUCUCUCAAAGGCCCUGUACUUUCAGAGCUUAGCUCCAUGGGGAAGGUAUAUGUCGCGUUCACUGAUAGUCGCGAGGCAACGAAAGCAAUCGAAAAGAUCAAAAUUCUCAGGCCUGAGUGGAAUGUCUCUCCAAUUGCCCCUAAAGAAUAUGUACAACAUGUCGAGCCUUCUCUUCUACCGCAAACAUCUGAUUACGAGGGCCAAUUAUUGGUCACGGUCUACUAUGAUGGGAGAAACCCCAAUCUUAAUCAGCGUACCGUUGCCCGAUCGCUUGAAACACUUACCAUGACGUUUGGUGAUAUCAAGACAUUCACCUCGCUACCAACCGGCCAGGAGAAUAUUGGCGAGUUUCAUAUCGAGUUCUUCAACACCCGUGAUGCAGAAAAUGUCAUGACUACUCUCAACGGAACAUCUGUUGAUGAUUGCAUUUUAGAGAUUUCGAUAUUUAGGCCGGAUAUGGAAGAGAGAAGAUGCAGACAGCCAAUCGCAAGUUCAACACCCACAAGGGAAGAGUUCUCACCACGCGAGAGUUCGUUAGCCAAGAAUUCUUCCUGGUCAUCCAUAAGAUCAGGCCGCGCUUCUUACAUGGAGCUAAGCCCUACUGGCCGUUCUACAGUUCCCUCCGGUGAACAUGCUAGUCUCAUGGAUUGGAUGUCCACGGCUGGAGAAAGGAUUUUGCCCUCCCCUCGCCGCGAACUCAGUCGUUAUCAUGAUUUACGUCUGGGUAGUCAGAACGCAGUUGACAUCGAACGCAUUCGUCUUGGCUUAGAUGUCCGCACCACGAUUAUGCUCCGUAAUAUUCCCAACAAAAUUGACCAAACUAUGCUCAAAGCCAUUGUGGAUGAGACAAGUCAUGGUAAAUAUGACUUUAUGUACCUGCGCAUUGAUUUUGCAAACAAUUGCAAUGUCGGAUAUGCCUUUAUAAACUUCGAAGAUCCAAUUGAUAUUAUUGAUUUUGUCAAUGCAAGAGCGGGACGAACCUGGAAUUGUUUCAACAGCGACAAGGUGGCUGAAGUGUCAUAUGCUACUAUUCAGGGAAAGGACUGUUUGGUGCAGAAAUUUCGAAACAGUUCUGUCAUGCUGGAGCAUCCAUCCUUCCGACCAAAGAUUUUUCACACCGGCACCACUCCUCUCGGAGGGACUGAGGAUCGAUUUCCCGGGCCAGAUAACCCUUCGAAGAUGCGUCGGAGCAUUGAAAAUGCGGAGCAUGUUGGACUCUUUGCCCCGCGCGUCGGCCAGCAAUACCGCGACGAGCAGCGUCGACGUCGCUCACAAUUUGACCGUGGUACUACUGCCGCUGAACGUGAAAUAGUCUAUGUCCGUACAUUUGCACCCAGGCGGCCCUAUGGCCAUGGUAACGGUCUCAGAAGCGCUCCUUGUACCUAUCCUGGCGUGAAAGUGUGGUACGACUCGGUGGCUGAAAACGGUCCACGAACUUCUUGAUCCCGCAGAUAUCUCAAGUGAUGCCUGCCAUACUUCAUCAUAGUAAGGAGAGCCGCGGACAAAAGCCUACUCGCUUGUGAUUCAAGUAUUGAGGGUGGUGAAUAACUCUGCUCCUGUCUGUUGUUCCCAGAGUUAAAGCCCUUCGCUCGCCCUUUGUGCUUCUUGUACUGAGUACCAGUGUGAUGGUUGGAGAGACAGCCAACAUCUAACCCAUGGGAGAGUUGUUCUGGCCCAGGUCGGCUUGGCGUGAUGUUUCGAAUCGAGUCCAGAUGUUGGAAGCCUUUCUCUGUGAGAUUUGGUACCCUUCCCCUCGUGCUUUUACAACCCACAAUGUAAGAUAUCAUGACAAUUACAAGAGUUGAAAAUUG